AUGUCAGAUAUCCAACACCUUGUAAUUCAGCCAACGAAUGUCAGUUAUCCAACACCUUAUGUUCAACCAACGAAUGGCAGAUAUCCAACACCUUGUGUUCAACCGACGAAUGUCAGAUAUCAAACACCUUGUGUUCAGCCAACGAAUGGUAUAUAUCUAUCAUCUGUGCCAUUACCAACCGUGCAACAACCUGAGUUUGCUGCACAGCCAACGAGUUCAUCCACAUCUUUCAGUCGUCCAAGAAUUAGUAGAUUGAAUUCUCCAUCUUCAUCUUUAGAAUUAUAUUCUCCAACUCCUUUAGAAACUAUUGAAGAACGUCAAACAGAAUCCUAUCAUCCAACACCGAAAGAACAACAAAUAAAUCUUUUAACUACAACUUCAGCAAAAUCUAAGAAAAAAACAACAACAAAAAAGUGUAAAUCCUCCUCGAGCAGUUCAGAUUCAUCAUCUUCCUCUUCUUCGAGCAAUUCUUCUGACUCCUCAUCAUCAUCAUCAUCAUCAUCAUCAUCAUCAUCAUCCUCUGAGUCAAUCGAAGAAAUUUCUAAAAUAAAAAGUGAUCAACCUCUAGAAUCUCCGAUAAUGAAAAAUGAUGAUCAACCUACAGAAACUACAAAACAGAAUGAUGAUCAACCUCCAGCAACUACAAAACAGAAUGAUGAUCAGCCUCCAGCAACUUCAAAACAGAGAGAUGAUCAACGUGUAGAAAUUUUCAAAAAUAAGAAUCAAAACCAGGCUUUAGUUCAAGCAUCGUCAUCAUCUGAAAAAAUUAAAUCUUUAAAAAGAAAAUUUGAUCCUCGUGAAAAAGCAAUAAAGUUGGAUAAUCCUCAACCAAAAAUACAAAAAUUACUGCCUUCUACUUCCAAGGGAAUACCAAAAGCAGUGCCUUUAACUUCAAAGAAAAUACCAAAACCAGUUCCUUCAACUUCCAAGGAAAUACCAAAACCAGUUCCUUCAACUUCAACUGGCAACAUCACUCAGCAUGACUCAUUAAAUCCUUGCAUCAGGAAGCCUACAAGACCGCAAAAUAAACCUAAAUUUAAAAAAAGGAUAGAGAAAAUUCCAAUCAACAAGGGUGAAAACCAAAGAGUUAAAGUGAUUAUUAUUAUUAGUGAGAAAUAUUUUUUUACAUGUCACCAGAUUUAA